AUGUUAGAAUCAUGGGCGGAUGCAGAAGAAUUCUCUGCUCCACCAGAAGUCAUAUCUAAUCCAGAUGGAACUAAAACUGUCAUUACUUUUAGAACCAAUCAAGAAGGUAAAAAGGUUAAAAUCACUCAAAAAAUAAAAGAAGUCAAAGUUCAAGAAAAGGUGCAUCCUUUGAUUGCUCAACGUAAGAACUGGAAAAAAUAUGGGAAAGAAAAGAACUCAGCACCAGGUCCAGAUACAAGUACUACUCAACUUGGUGAAAAGGUUGAAUUAAAAUUAGGUACUUCAUGGAAACAAGUUGAAAAGGCUGAAGAAGAAGAAAAGGCAACAUCUAGAGUUGCUAAUGUUGUUCAAACUAUUAAAUGUAGAACAUGUGGUGGUGAUCAUUAUACAUCAAAAUGUCCAUUCAGAGAUACUUUGGGUGCUGGAGCAUCUUCAACUUCUACUCCACCUGCAGAAUCUUCAGAAGGUGGUGCUGGUGGUGCUUCUGCUCCAGGUAAAUAUGUUCCAAGACAUUUAAGACCAGAUGCAAGUGGUAAUAUUCAAACUAGAGAAGCAAGAGAUGAUUCUUGUACUUUGAAGGUUUCUCAAUUGAAUUCAUUUGUUGAUGAAAGUAUGUUAAGAAAUGAAUUAUUGGCUAGAUUUGGUCCAUUAGAAAGAGUAAAUGUUGUUAGAAAUAGAGAAACUGGUGAAUCUAGAGGACUUGCAUAUGUUACUUUUGCAACUGAACUGCUUGCUCAAAAAGCAUUAGAAAUGCUUGAUGGUAAGGGUUAUCAUAAUUUGAUUUUACGUUUGGAAUGGUCAAAGAAGAAGAAGCCAACUUAG